AUGACGAGUCUAGAGGGGACCAUAGAACGGUCAAAAGAUGGAGUACCAAGCUGGAAUGGGGAAGCAUCCAGCUUUCAGAAGUAUGAAGAGGUAUGUCUCCAGUGGGAACAGGGCAUACCGUGGCACAAGCGGUACUUGUGCGGGCCAAGGUUGAUAGGUGAACUCUCCGGGACAGCCCGGAAGUUCAUAGUGGGCAAGAGGCCAGACUGGGUGUCAUACGAUGGGGGUGUGACACACCUACUUGGCCACUUGAGACAGUCCCUUGGCCGGCCCAAGAUCAGCGACAUGACUGACCACUUGAACAAGUACUUCAAGAACACACGACGCCGACGGCAAGAGUCGAUGAACGACUACAUCACCAGGAAGACAGAGGCCUACGUCCGAGCCAGACAGGCUCUGGGACGAGUGGAGGACCAGUUUGGUGGCCAGAGACAACAGAGACCACAGCAAGGUUGGUCCAGCCAGGACUGGAGCAGCCGUGCUGGGGAUUGGUCCGCGUGGCAUGAAACACUGACGGAGGAGGACGAAGGUGAAGAAUUCACCUCACCGCGGAACCAGCCUGAGGCCGCCAGAGGGUCAGAACAAGCAGAAGAAGAUGAAGAUCCUUGGGCGAGGUCUCGGUGGUGGAGCUCGAGCUAUGCCUAUGAGAACACCUAUGACCGGGGCGCUGAGAAUGAGGAUUGGCUCACUCAGAGUCGGGAAUUGCUCCCUGACUUCUUGCAGGGGUGGUACCUGCUACAGGACACGUCCUUAGACGCCAACGAGAAGAACCUGAUCCAGACAGCCAUUCGUGGCAACUAUGGGUUGGUGCGAGUGGCCCAAGAGCUCAGAAGCCAGUGGCCAGAGGAGGAGCUGAAGAAGAGAGAUCAGGGGACACGGCAGUCCCGGAUGUGGGCAGCCGAAGAUGCACUCCUAGGAGAAGAAGAAGCAGAUCCGAUGGCCUACACCUAUGAGGAGUUGGCCCAAGAGGGCAUGAACGAAGAAGGCCUCACCGUGAUGGGUGAAGCCGUGUCCGAGGCCGAGAUGGCCUGGACCGCCAUUCAGAAUGGGAAGCGAACGCUCCGGGAGGCCAGAGCAAAACAGCAUCAAGUCAAGAUGUCUCGACAAUACUACCGGACCACGACUUGGAAGCCAAGGUCAUGGGAGAAAGGUGGCAAAGGAACACACUCAGCCGGAGGCAGCAACGACAGGACAACCUGUCUCCGAUGCGGUGGAUCGCAUCGCACCGGCCAAUGCCCAGACAAGCAAGGCCCAAGAAGUGGAGAUCAGGCCAACCAGCUGGAGGAGGCACCAUUCAUCUGCUACAACGAAGCAGACUAUGGCGAGGACAAGGUCUACUACCAGGGAAGCAGCUUGAAGAGUACACAAGAGGCCAUCAACUGUGGCCUGGGAGUGAUCGAUGGAGGGGCAACCCGAACUUUGGGAUCGGUCCAUGCGAUUGAGAAGGUCAUGGGCAUCAAUGCAAAGAAGAAGGGACGCACUGGCUUGGCCGAGGUAGACACCCGUGAGACACCUACCUUUGGCUUUGGCAACUCUUCCAGAGGCACUUGUGUGUCGACCGCCCACCUGGAGGUGAGCGCCAACCAGAAGCCAGGCGUGUUGAAAGUUCACGCCCUUGACGAAGGAAGUGGACCAGUUUUGAUAUCCAUUUCGACCUUGAGGUCGCUGGGGGCUAUCAUAGACUUCGCCAACAAUGUGGCAGUCUUCCGCAACUUGGAUGACCGCAAGCUGGUGAAGCUGGAGCGCUCGGCUGCCGGACAUCAACUUCUACCUCUGACUGAGGACUUGCUUGCCCAGGCUCAGGAGUGCAAACAACGCAUUCCCAGCCUGUUAGAGUACCAGAACGCCUUGCGGGAUCUGGGAGAAGAACCUCCGGCCAAGUGGGGGCUCACAGAACUGAAGGUCCGACUGCUCGAGUUGGAGCAAGAGUUGGGAGUCAGCAGUCAGAAGCGUCAAGUCACGCCUCUGCAGCAAAUGACCCGGGCCCUCAACAAGGCGUCCACCAAGAAGGCGAAUCUGCAGCAGUUCUGCGAGGAGCUGGGCAUGAGCAAUGUGUCCAACAGCACCAUCACACAGCUGCAGAAAGGUGCCAUGGAUCGCAUCUACAUGCAGAGCAAGGCGGAUGCCAGCGACCCGGUGGGCUUCGGGACGCAUUCGGCCAUGUCAUAUGGGGAGAUUGCCCAGGGCCAAGUGGAGUACUGCCAGUGGGUUGUAGCCACGGCCCAGGAGGGGCAGUGCAGCCAUCGGCUGAGCCGCCUGGCCAACUGGCUCGAGCAGAAUCCAGACCAGAUGGGCAACCCCACGCACAGACAGGGAAACAACUACAAGGCGGAGCCGAAGGUGAAAGCGGCCCCACGAGCCGCCAGCUCCCAAGGGUCAGCUGGUUCGAACGACACGGCUGUGCUUCUGGGAGCCAUGACGAAGAUCAUGACACAGAUGGAGAACAUGCAGGAAGAGAUGGACGAGCUCCGAGGACGGGCCCACAAGAAGUCCAAGGACGAGGAGAGCGAGAUGCAGAACUCCUGGUCAGCAGUGAACGGAGAAACGAAGUAG